GUAAUGAUCGGUGGGAAAAGUAUAAACAGAGAGAAGUAGAUAGAAAAACUGCAGAGAGAGAGAGAGAGAGAGAGAGAGGUGAAAGUGUGAAACCUGUCUCGUGAAAGAGCAGGUGAGAAGGCGAGAAUAAAAGAAAAUAGAGAAAGUGGUUCUUUUUCUCUUCUUUCGCCUUUGUCUCUUUCUCGUUUCUCUGUAAUUUCAUCUGUAAUCUGUAGGCGUAAAGCCUCAUUCUCACUCCUGAAAAAAAAAAAAAAAAGGGUAGCAGUAGAAUUUUAACACUCACAUUCAUUCCUUGCUUCCUCCUCUAUAUCACGAGAUCCCCAUCCUUCUCGUUCUUUCUUUCUUCUCUCCUCUUUCUUCUUGAUGUCUUCCUCAUUGCUCCUGGUUCUAUGUUCCUCUGUCUGUGCAUGUACUAGAAGGCAUCGCUGCGGUUUAAUUUGAAGGCAUUGCCGAAACAUAAGGAGACUAGGGGAAUAGAAAUAAGAUAGAGAGCUGGGGGAAGGAGACAUUGUUUGGAAAGAAGAGUUGAGCCUUGUGUUGUUUGGUUUGUGUGAAAAUGUCGCAUCCUGGGAAGCCCGAUUCGGAGCUAGGGUUAGGUGCUCUCAGCGAUCGAUUUCGCGAUUCCCUGAGCUGCGAGGCGAACAAGCCGGAUUUUCGCGAACUCGAUCUAGGGUCGCCAGUUUCGCCAUUGCGGACUCGUCAAAGUGGACGUGGUGCGAGUGGACUCACCACUACUACCAGCAGUAGUUCCAGUUCAUCUGGAUCGGUUUCUGGGCGCAAUGGGUAUAACCCGGUCUCGAAAGGAUCCGACUCUGGUGCGAACAACCACUCCGGUGAGCUUUCUGGUUCCAGCGAGAGCAGUCCCACUGCCGCCGAGAGCCUUCGAUCCGGGGGGAAUGCCAGGAACUUCAAACCGGGUCACGCAAGAUCCGAUGCCGGAACCACCCCGCCUUUUAUAUAUUCGGGUCAGAGCUCAUCCGUCACAUCACCAGCAUUGAAUGUUCUUCCUACCGGCAAUAUCUGUCCGUCUGGCAAGAUUCUGAAGACGGGUAUGGCGUCCAAUCGGACCUCCAGGACGGACGUUUUGGGCUCCGGUACGGCCAAUUAUGGUCACGGAAGCAUAAUGCGGGGCUGUGGAUCAUCCAAACAUACUGCCGGAGAGGCGGCAAGUUCGGCCAAUGUAAGGGCAACCGGUGCUGGCGGUUUCAAGGAACCGUUCAAGAAAGCGGCGGCGAGUUUGGAUCCAGAAGAGGUGAAGAGAGCGGGGAACGAGCACUACAAGAGGGGUAACUUUACAGAGGCACUGAAUCUUUAUGAUCGGGCAAUUGGACUGUCCCCUGGUAAUGCCGCCUACCGGAGCAACCGUGCGGCUGCAUUGACGGCAUUGGGUCGGUUGACUGAGGCGGUGAGGGAAUGCGAGGAGGCUGUGAGAUUGGAUUCUAAUUAUGGAAGAGCACACCAGCGUCUUGCUUCUCUUUUUCUCCGGUUAGGACAAGUUGAGAAUGCGAGGAACCACCUAUUUGGUCGUGGGCUGCAGCUGGAUCCUUCUGAGCUGCAGAAGCUACAAUCGGUGGAGAAGAAUAUCAACAAAUGUACUGAUUUUCGAAGGAGAGGUGAUUGGAAAAGUGUCCUCAGGGAAGUUGAUGCUGCUGUUGCUGCUGGAGCAGACUCUUCCCCUCAGCUCUUUAUGUGUAGAGCAGAAGCCCUUUUAAAGCUUCACCAAAUUGAUGAUGCUGAAUCAAUUCUGUCAGCUAUUCCAAAAACAGAAUCACAUUCUAAAUCCUCGUCUCAGGCAAGGUUUUUUGGAAUGCUUUCUGAAGCUUAUUCUUUCUUUGUUAGAGCUCAGAUUGAGAUGGCUUUGGGAAGGUUUGAGAAUGCAGUUGCAGCUGCUGAGAAAGCUGGUCUCAUUGAUGCCCGAAACAUCGAAGUUGCUGUUUUGCUCAGCAAUGUAAGGAUGGUGGCUAGAGCUCGAGCUCGUGGCAAUGAUCUUUUUAAAUCUGAAAGGUUCACUGAAGCUUGCUCUGCAUAUGAGGAAGGUUUGAGGCUGGAGCCUUCAAAUGCUGUUCUCCAUUGCAAUAGAGCUGCUUGUUGGUUUAAGCUUGGGCAAUGGGAAAGAUCAAUUGAGGACUGCAAUCAAGCUUUACACAUCCAACCAAAUUAUACAAAAGCACUUCUUCGAAGGGCUGCCUCAAAUAGCAAGCUAGAGAGGUGGGAAGAAGCAGUCCAAGACUAUGAGGUCUUACGAAGAGAACUUCCAGAUGACAAUGAAGUUGCUGAAGCUCAUUUCCAUGCACAAGUUGCAUUGAAGAAAUCUCGUGGGGAAGAAGUUUAUAAUUUGAAAUUUGGUGGCGAAGUGGAAGGAGUAUCUGGUCUCGAGCAGUUCAGAGCUGCAAUAUCUUUACCAGGUGCUUCACUCGUGAGACUUUCAUAUGGUCAGUUAAUUUAUCUUGUAAAUACAGGGAUUGAUUGUAACCCCAACUCUGCAGGUGUAUCUGUUGUCCAUUUUGAAAUUGAAUCUGACUCACAAUGCAAACAGUUAUCACCAUUUGUGAAUACACUUUGCAGUCGAUUUCCUUCUGUUAACUUUCUCAAGGUGGAUGUUCAAAAAACCCCAGCAAUUGCAACCGCUGAGAAUGUUAGGUUGGUACCCACUUUCAAGAUCUACAAAAAUGGCAGCCGUGUGAAGGAACUUGUUUGCCCCAGCCGUGAUAUGUUGGAACACUCUGUGAGGCAUUACAGCACAUAGAGCUAAUGAUUUGUACUGCUUCUAUGCCUGCCUAAAACAUUUUGUUCGUGGUGCCAAAUUCCCUCGUCAAACUUCAUCUCUGGAGUUUUUCCAGUCUUUUGUUCCCACCCAAAAAAUGGUCACCUAGAAUCUGUGAUAUAGUUGGAGCCACAUAAUAAUAAUCUUGUUUAGCAGCCAAUGCUGCCACCAGAACCCAGGGAGAGUUUAGGUUCCUAUCGCAGUUUUAAUUCAUUCAUUCAUUCCUCAAUACUCUCUAUGGCUCCAUGUUCCUCCCUUCUCCCUUUUGUCAAUUUUCCUUUUUCUCCUCUCUUCCUCAGUUCUUAUAGGUCAGCUGUUCUUGUAUCCCCAGUUUCAUUCUGAUCCAGAAAGGAAGAAGAUUUUUAUUUAUAUGUACACUUGAUUUAAUUGGCAGUUUAAUCCUUUAAGAUAGAUAAACAGACAGAGAUAGACAGAAGGGGGAGAUGGACGGUCUCUUCCGUUGGUAGUGGAGGAUCUCUACAUGUAUAUAUGUGAAGAUAUAUGCCAAACACUGGAAGCCCUUGAGGGAGAUUGGAUGGGUGGUGGGUACCUACUGGGCUAGAGAUAGGAGGAUGUUUUAUAUGUUGUUAUCAUUGUUAUUUCCUUUUUUUUCUAUUAGCCAUUUAAUCAAUAAAAUUCGCAAUUUUUUCCCCUUGCU